UCUCCCGGACCCCUCCCGUUCGUCCUGCAUCUCGCUUCCCAAUUCCAACUCCAAUUCCGCCCAAACCUCGACUCUUCACCAGCCGAAGCCAUGGUGUAAUCCUUCCCCCCCAGAUAUUUCCAGAUAAUACCGACGCUUGCCAAUUCUAUCAUCAAGGUCAUGAAUGCCCCUGUUAGAAGAACCCACGACGACAAUCUACGACUUGAACAAACCAUUGGUCUCCCCUGAGCUAUCUAAGCCAACUAACUGUCUUCUACACUUCACCCAGUUCUUAUUACCGAAGUCCAAGGGGGUUCUCGUAGCCACAGAUGGAAUGUCGAUAAACCGUCUUGCGUUGAAAAUCCUGUAGGUCGUUGGAAAAUGGAGAACACCGCCUCUCGCAAAGAUGCUCGAGAGCGUCUGCACCGUCGUGCACUUUCACAGGCUAGCACCGCCAGCAGCACGAUGCACAGCCCGAAGACUACGAAGAGUACAAGUACCUCCUCUUCUCACCCGCGCGCGAUUACACCUUCGAAUCCACCCCACAUGCAUCGGUACCACCAUGCCCAAUGCGAUAGAGAAACACUGGGUAUACGACAACCAGGCCGUCUAUCUAGAGAGUCAAGCAGUGAAUCGAAGCAACUGCUUACAGCCGCCUCCACCUUGCUGCAAGAAAGGCUACAACAGGAACGAAAGGCGGAGAGCGAGCGGUUGGCCAGCAAGUGGGGUUCUGAUCUGAGCUCGUCAACCGGUGACAUCAGAGACAGAGAUGUCCUAAACUCGUUAAGCACGAGAUCUAGACAUGGAGAUGAACGGCGACCGAGAUCAAGCCAUGACGAUGAUUCAAGCCAGACUAGCAUGGGAGCGAAGCAGGUAGAAAAGGCUGUUUCCACGUUGCAUAAACAGAACUUCGAUCUCAAGCUGGAACUUUUCCACCGGCGCGAGAAACAAUCUGCACUGGAAGCACGUGUGGAAGAGCUCGUCGCUGAACGUGUCGAGUUGACAGACAUUCAAGAGAAGCUGCUGAGCGAGCUUGUCAAAAGGGACAAGGCCAUUGAGGAAGCGGUCAAUAUGAUAGUCAAAUUGGAGGCACGGGUUGAUGAGCUGAUCCAAGAAAAAGAAGUGGCUAGUAGAGUUGGCCCUGACGGAUCCUAUCGACAUUCAUGGUCCAACUUGUCGGACUCAUUGCGUACCGAGACUCCUAAGCCAGAUAGCGGUGCCCUUCUGUCGACAGAGUCAAAGACUCUUGAGCGGAUGCCUAGUUUCCUUUCGGACCGAAGCGGACACACCCAACACUUGCGGAGCGUCGUUUUGCAAAACCAUUCCAGCGCCAUGCAUCUGCGCAAGGUUUCCGAGGUUUCUGCGUCGAGCGAGGUGAGCGAGUUGAAUCGCAUCGCAAGCCCAAGCCUUAGUAUGCUGAGUGAAAGCUCCUUUGUGAGCAUCUACGGCUCCAAACAAGGUCAAGAUGGGCUUGAUCUGCCGCCGUUGCGCGAUUUCUCCGGUAUGGAUGGCACUUUUGGUACCCGCUCGCCAACACCGACCAAGAGAAUAAUGAAGAGUCCCCUGUCGAGUCAGAAGACCACCAGCUCUACCCGCAGGUCUAGCCUGGGACCCGGGAUUCCGAGCGGUCUAUCUGGCGAGGUUGGAUCGGUCAACAGCGUAUUGCACAUGACAUCUCACUUGCACAGAAUGGAAAGGCCAGACCAGCAGACUACCUUUUCAGAUGAUAGAUUCAGACCAGCUACAACAAGUCGCGCCAAAGCUGUGGUGACCCCGACUCCCCAGUUUGUGAGGCCGUCAUCUCGAGCGGGGGGGAAGCGCGAGAGGAGAGAAGCAUUGCAAAAGGUUAUUACUAAUUACCCAACACACAAAGAGCUGGCCAAUACCCACGUUCUACCGCCAACUCCAGAUACCGUGUCUUCUUCGGUACUUCGAAAGCACAAGGGUCAAUCGAGCUCCCAGGACAGCCUUCCAAGAUCCGAUGAUGCACAUACCCCGAGGGUUGUUCCAGCGUUGCUGCCUCGUGGUGCCGAUCAGUUGAGAUCGUUCGAGAUUCAGGAAUCUCGUUCUAGAUCAAACACGCAGCCGACACGAUUGUCAGCGCCUCCCAGGACUCGGUCCGAAUUACCAGCUACGAGUUUUGCAAAACUCGACGACAAGUCUGAAUGGGGAUAUCUAGCCCAUUCGGCGGCGACCGCUACAACCGGCGUGCGACUUCGUUCGGAUAGCUUCAUCUCGGACUCUGAUUCUGAAGGUGGCGCGGACGCUCGCUCUGAAGCGGAAACUUAUGAUUAUUGGAUGCGUGAGAGCUACAAGCCCGACGGUGAAGAUACCCAUUCAGGUUCCCGUCCGAACAAUCGGCGGUCUCCCUCCCCGGACCUGUUUUCCUUUCCCGUCAGCACUCAAGGCUGGGAGCCGGAGGCCAUGUUUGGUGCACUUAAGGGCGGUGGCUUCUUGGGAUCACCCGCUCCUGCCUUGAAACGAGACCCCGUUGAUGAGAUCGCUUCUUCGUUGCAAGCGGCCCAACCAGACCCAAUCCAGCCGACGGCGGAUGCCCCGGAAGCUCCUUCGCGCAGAGCAAGUCUGAACGCCCAGGUGGCGAGUCGCUUUCUCCUGUCCACAUUAACUGGGAAGACUGGAAGAAGCUCUUCCCGUGAUGAUGGCAGUGUUGCGAGGGCUGACGCAAGAGGGAGGAGCAAUAGCGUUGAUGGGGGUGGAAAUAUGGCGACGGUGGGAGCCCGAGAGGAUACAGGGCCGACUACGAAGAGAAGUCAAUACCCACCCAUAUCGGGACUGCAAUCCCGAGGGCGCAACCUUGGGCUCAACUCGCUUUUCAGAAGAUCUGGUUCGGAAAGCUACGGCGCUCCUAGCAGCGCCACAGAAUCGAAUUUCCCGUCUUCUGUGACGCAAAGACCUCCCCCGGCACCCCCAGUUCAAUCACGAUAUCUCAAAAAGCCGUCAGGCAGAAACAGCGUCCCACCACCUGCGACUAUGCCCUGGACAACGACCCGCCCGAUCAACAUGGUGGAGGAUGAACUGGCGAGUGCCACACCACCGCCGAUUCUUCGGAACCGUCCAGCACCACUGCAAACAGAUCUGAUCAGCUCUGACGCCAUGAUCACUCCGGACACAUCUGAGAGUACAGAAGCAGGCGCAGUUCCAGCAACUCCGAUAACCGAAAUCAGAAGCACCACACCAGUUGCGCCUCCGAGUGGUGGCGGAGGCGUGAGAAAGUGGCUAGGGUUUGGCCGAAAGGCAAGCUCGAUGACUCGCGCAAACUGAGGGACGUUUCCCAUGGAGCAUUAUGCCCGUG